AUGAAUCCGAAUUUGUCCCAACUUGUCCUGCGCUCACAGUUGAUUCGCGUCAUGGAAGGUUUGGAGCAUUUCGUUCAACUGGAUUUGCUGGAGCUUUACGACAAUCAAGUGGAAGAACUCGCCUGUUUGGGGGACGGAGAGGAUGGUGCCCCGGGAAAGACGCUCCGUGUCCUCGACAUGAGCUACAAUGUGAUUCGAGAUAUGCAACCGGUUAUGUUUUGUCCAAAUUUACAAGAGCUUUACCUGGCCAACAACAAGCUCAGAAACAUGGCAGGGCUGGGGUCCUUGACCAAAUUGCGCAAAAUUGACUUGGGUGCCAACCGCAUUCGCGAAAUGGACGCGGCCGAGCUCGCUCCUCUCGUCCAUUUGGAAGAACUGUGGUUGGGUAAGAACAAAAUCGAACGCAUCGAGGGACUGUCCACUCUGAAAAAGCUACGCCGACUCGAUAUUCAGUCAAACCGGUUAACGCAAGUCGAAAACUUGACGUCGCAGACGGAAACGUUGGAAGAAUUGUACCUGGCGCACAACGGCAUCGCGACGGAGGGCACCAUCUUACCGUCGGGGCUGGGUCAAACCUUUGAGCUGUUGAACGUCCUGGACUUGAGUCGCAAUCGUUUGACCCAAGUGAAUCAACUUGGACAUUUAAAAUCGUUGGAAGAACUAUGGCUGUCGGGCAACAAAAUUGCAACGUUCGACGACGUCCAGAAUUUAUCCUCGUUGGGUGAAAGUCUGCAGACGGUUUAUUUAGAAUACAACCCACUCCAGGAAGAUCCGUUGUACCGCAAAAAGCUAGCCGAGCUGAUUCCUAGUUUAUCCCAGAUUGACGCCACUCUGAUU